UUCGCGUAGUUUUAGAUGUGGGAUAUUAACAAAAUGUCAGAUGGUCCAGGUUCCUCCACACUUCAGGGAUCAUCCUCUCGGUUUACCGGCGAAGACUCUGCACUCGCGGGGGUGACCGGCGUAAUUAUAAUAAAAAAGAAAAACAGUGCCAAUUUAAUUAAAAAAAGUGAAGAAAUUUCGCGAGGUUUGGUAAUCCUUGCUUUUCAGGAAAAUGGGGACGAAGGGGAUCUGCAGGAUCCCUUUUGCAUCGAGGACAAUCCUCAGAAGAUCACCUUCGAGGACAUCACCUCGGCUGCUUUCAAAAUCAAGGGCGGGAUUAUCAAGACUCCUUGCACGCAAUCCCGACUGUCCAAGAUGACGGGAGUGGACCUCUUCCUGAAGAUGGACUUCCUGCAGACGACGGGAAGCUUCAAGGAGCGGGGCGCCCGUUAUGCCCUCGUGAUGCUGAAGGAGGAGCAGAGAAGCAAAGGGGUGAUUUCGGCAUCCCUAGGGAACCAUGCCCUGGCUUUAUGCUACCAUGGAUCAACCCUAGGGAUUCCAGUGACGGUGGUGAUGCCAGUGUUGGCGCCGAUCAUGAAGAUCGCGGCGUGCAGACAAUACGGAGCGGAAGUGGUGGUGAAGGGCGCGGAAAUGGGAGAAGCAAAACGCAUCGCCCUUAAGCUGGCAAAGGAGAAAGGACUAACAUACAUAAACGGAUACGACCACCCGGACAUUAUGGCCGGCCAGGGCACGCUGGGAUUGGAGGUGGUCGAGCAGGUCCCGGAUAUCCACGCAGUGGUGGUACCGGUUGGUGGAGGUGGCCUAAUUGCUGGGGUAGCUCUGGCGAUGAAGACGUUAUACCCCGACGUGACCGUCAUCGGGGUGGAGUCCGAGAGAUGCGCCAGCUUCACCGCUGCCAGGGAGUCCGGCAGGCCAACCUACACCACCAUUGAGUCCACCUUGGCCGAUGGUUUGGCGGUUCCCAUGGUCGGAUACAAUGCUUUCGCCACGGCCAACCCUCUUAUCGAUAAAAUGGUCGUCGUCAAGGAGGAGUGGAUCGCCAUCGCCAUCUUGAAACUCGUGGAGAACGAGAAGUGCAUCGUCGAAGGGGCUGGAGCGACCGGGUUGGCGGCUAUCCUGGCUGGGCAGUUGGAUGAGUUGAAAGGAAAGAGGGUGGUCAUCCCUCUAUGCGGUGGCAACAUCGACACCACGAUCCUGGGCAGGUGUCUCGAACGAGGUCUGGCUGCGGAAGGACGACUUCUGAAAUUCAGCGUGACGGUGUCCGAUCGUCCCGGGGGGAUCGCCGAGCUCUGCAGGAUGCUGGCCGAGAUCGGCGUCUCCAUCAAGGACAUCAUGCACGAGCGCGCCUGGAUAAUGUCGGACAUCUUCAGCGUCGAGGUCAAAGUGGUCUGCGAGACGAGGGACAGCGUCCAUUCGGAGGAGCUCCGCAAGAUGCUGCAUCGAAACUACCGGAAGGUCGUCUUCGGCUCAAUUCAUCAUCCCUCGUGAGCGAAAUGGAUGACUGCUCGAACAACUCAGCCAUCUUGUCGGUGGGACCUCUUCAAGAUCGAAACAGAGAGGGACCACGAUACCCCUUAUAGUAUCCCAGAAUGAACCGCCCACCACCAAAAACAAGCGUCUUCAUCAUCGUCUUCAUAGUCAACACCAACUUCAUCAUCUCACCUCCACUUCACUUGAGAAAAUCAAGUGACCACCGAUCUCACGAUCGAUUUACGGGACAUGCCUCAUCAUUUUUCAAGUCCAGCGCUCUUCAGGGUAUAAAAAUGGACCCGGGGAUCAUUUCGGAGGUGCGUUGGGAUUCGGCAACCUCGUGACGGACACGACUCAGUACAGGAGGGGGAUAAAUAGGGGUUGGCUAGGGAAAGGGUUGGGAGAGAAGUGGAGGAUACGUGACUGAAAUCGUUAAAGGCCUUGGGGCCGCUUUCCAGGAAAUGUAACUGCUGGCCACCCCAUUUAAUUCAAUGUCUCGUACCGGGGGCGAACCUAACGUCCAUUACACCCCUAUCUCGUUUCGGCAUCGUCUUAACCGGGAACGCGACGCCAUGGCCGCCUCCAAAGUGUCGUCGACCAAAUGCGAGCCAAGGUUUCAUUACUCGGUCUCGAGGGUUGCCAACUGCCCCUCAUCCUGGGGUGAGAUCCGGCAUAAACCCGCGCUAAUCGCUAACGCUACAACCCCUCUCCCCCUAAAAAAUCUCCCCAAAAUCUCCCAUUUUCAUUCCAAAACCUUCCCCGCUAAUCAGACCCAUUGCAGGUGGCUUCCGAAGCCAUAAUCGAAGCUCAAAAUGAAAUGGUAACGCAAAACCAGCCAUUUUUCAUCACAAUCAGAAUUUGAUUAAACGCCGCGAAGUCCCACCUCUGCAAAAACAUUGUGCUUAUUUUUUUUUUUCGCCUUCCCACCCCUCCUGGAGUUUCGCGUUUCGGUUCCCGGAUACCAGCUGGGCAGAAUUCCGCUUUUGAAUAGAAUGUGCUACCCGGAACGAAUAAUUUAGCGUUAUCGAAUUUUUCCGUCCCUUUCCCCGGUUUUCGCGUUUUUGGGAUUCGCCGCGAUGUAAAGCAUUUUUCCACCCCUGGUGCGAUUCACAGGUCUGUUUAACCACUUCGUGUAUUCUUACUGGAAUUAAUAAUGUCAAUUAUUUUCAUUCCGAGGGUGUAUUUUUUUUCGACAUCUGAUAUUCGGUCCGCGGAUCCGAACAAAAUGGCGGACGGAUCUCUCUAUUCCCGAGGAGGACGCUGCAGGACGAAAUACGCUUGUUUAAUGGCCGCGCCGUAGCGACGUGCAUGUACGUAAUGCAUGUAUGUGCUGCUGUACAUACCCAUCCCGAAAUAUAUGGGGUAGAUAAAAUUAGAUGGAUCGCUCUCAGGGAGGAGGCGCGAUUUCUCGUUAAACCGAAGCAGGCGAGUGACGUCCUUUUAGAUCCGUCCCAAAGGUCCUGGAAUCGGUCGUGGCGAUUGGAAAUGCCGUUUAAGGUCCCCGUUUAUGUGUUUACGCGUUUGUACGCCUUUAUAGACACCCAUCGAUAGAUCGAUCGACAAACGGAUGGAUUUCUGUCAACCCUGCGUUGCGUAUCGAGCCGAAGGGCGUCGAAAGGAAGAAUUUCACUCAAUUUUGUCACAACUUAAUGCAACAAUUUUUUCUUCGUGAUACUCCUCGUAGGAUGAUUUUCAGUUUUGAAUUUUCUAAUAGAUGUUUCUAAAAUGGCCGAACGCGAUCGAUCGACCUCUGAGUUGGAAUUAUUUCUUUCAGAGCUAGUUAAAAAUGGCUACCGAGACUUUAAGAGACUUAAAGGCUGAGUUUCCCUCUGGAAUUUCCGCGAGGCCCUGUUUUUUUCCCUAUUUCGGGGGAGGGGGCGCACGAGACCCGAAUUUACAGCAUUUAAUAUCGGCAAAAUGAAGUACGAGCGCGCGGGAGGCCGAGCAAGGAGGCCGCCAUUUUGUGGCAUCGAUAAAUCGCUUUUAUUGCCGGUAGGAAAUUCGCCUUAGCGGGUGGUACGACUGCUUCAGGUUUUCACCCCAUACCCAGGGUGUGUAAGGGGCGCAUGAAUAAAAUCUAAUACGAGCUGGAGCACAGCUCGAUCUUGAAAAAAAAGCAAAACUUCCAAAAAAAUCACCUUCACGGUCGCCAUUUCCGCCUCCCUCGCGGCCGCCAUUUUCCUCCGUCCCCGUAACAGAAAAUAUUUUUCCCCAAACGAAGCGUUUAAAAAAUGCGACUUUUAAACAUUUUUCUCGAGGAAGAAAGUAGGAAUGGCGGUCAUAAUGGAGAGAGGUCCUGAAGGAAUCAAAAUGGAAGUAAAUGUAAUCCUGGCCGGACGUUUACGGUGACAAUAAAAUGAAAGGGACACGCGGCGGUUUUAAGCCGCUUUUAAAUUCUUUCGGAAGCACCCCGAUUCCGCGUUUCCGGGUGGAUUCGCCCCUUGAUUCUAUCGCGCGGUGAGUUUUUCCUUUUAUUUCCCGAAAAUUCCGGGUAGAAACGCGAUUUCGCAUCUCUCCAGAAAUUCAGCCUCUUCGCGAGGUCCUUCGCAGGGUUCAUCCCUUUAUCGAAGGGCGAUUUAAUUUCCUACUGUCCCGGUUUCAAUUUGGGGCUGCUUUUAAGGGUAGAAGGAAAGCGAGAAAAGUCAAUCUCCCUCCCAUUUUGCCCACUGAAUAUGGGAUAGGGUUUAUUUCGUCAGAAAUUCCGGGAAAAGUGCCGAAACGGGGGUGGGUGUAAACGAAAGGACUUUCAGUUCGACAAAAGUGAAUAACUUAAACGGCCCUAAUGCUGGAAAGUUCCCUAAUUAAUGCGACGUUAAGGGCCGCUUAAUAAAGUGGUUGCCAGAAUGUCAAUCCGAGGGUGGAAAUGGGGUGUAAAGGUUCUCCAGUCGGCGCGAAGGGUUGACAAUGAUUUUUCGGUAAUUCCCUAGAAAUCCUGAUUUUCCCCAAUCCUGGACUCGAGGCUAAACAAAAAUGACAAUGGGCGAAAAUCUUGAUCCGGGACUCUACCAAUAAACAAUGGCGAGAUGGAGGGAAACGGAGAUCCCUCGAAGAACAAUCACCCCGGCAACGAAAUUUGCGAAAAAGAGAUUCAGUCCUGGGGAAGAAAAAACCCUCCCUGAAAAGAACCGCUGCUGAAGGAAAGAAGAGGCAAGGGAACCCCGGGAAAAUUAUAACAGUGAAAGUGGACAGGCGAAUUAAUGUAAAGGAGAAAGAAGAGCAGCCCCUUUCUUCGAUUCCGCCUUUCUUCCCGGGGAACUUUCUCUUCCGAAACAAUAGGCCAUUCUGUUAGCGCAAGCAAUAGGCGAGGGAAGAGAGAAGUAACCGGAAACUCGGAUGCAAAAGAGACGCCGAGAAAGCCUGGGAGAGGAGGGGCACGAAGCCUCAGCGAUUAUAUUUUUCCAUUAGCGUAAAUAUCCCGACUGCCAAUUUGCAUUUAUAUGUAUAAUAAUACUAGUUAUUCGAUUGUUGGCUCAAAGACGUCGCUCGAAGGCAGCUCGAAGAGGAGGAACGCCGGAAGAGUUGCAGAGGGAUGCUACGUGAGAUGAUGGAAGAUACUCGGGUCCGCCGAGAGGAGUGAAUUGGUACUUAAUAUUACAGUAAAAUUAAUAUCCUUCAUUGACGAUUUUUUUCCCCUCAUUUUCACUCGCACAUGAUGAAUGUACUUAUCAUCAAGAGCGUAAUCGAAUUACACCGUUCACUUGUUUUGCAAGAUUUAUGAAGUUGGUAAUGUAUAUAGAGCCAUGAUGCAAAUGAGUUAAUUGUUUAGAGAAAUAGGUUUGACAAAUCCAUGUUGGGUGGAAUGGGGGAAAAUUUGUUGUACCGAGGAUAUUAGAUGAGAAGUGACAUUGGUCCAGGGUUCGGAUCUCGCAGACAAUUACGACGACCCUCAGCUGCGACCUCCCGUAAUUAGGGGGGGUUUCUAUUAAUACGGACGUUAGUAUUCCGUCGACUCAGGGAAACCGACAUGUAAACGCAGCCGUAAACGCCGACCCGUCGACGUAAACGUGCUCCGACAUCGCGACGUCGGGGAUGCCAGGUGGAUCUAACUGCACCGACUCCGCCAUUUUCAAGUCGGGAAAUCACCACCCAUAACUGCUCCCCUUUAUUCGGGACAUUGUAAAUCUACCCCCGCAGAGGGGCGGAAUGCGUUUCCCAUUCGAACCGGCGAUUGAUACCGAUGCUCGUUUGAGAGAUGCGAAACACGUUCAGACGGCAUUCAGCAACCGCGAAUUUGGAUAAUCAUUUGUCAUAAAAAUGAGGAAACUGAAAAAGAAAUGAUACAAUUAUUAUCACGUAGUCUUUGGGACUUCCGAAGUAUUUUAAAGUGCAUUUUAGGGUUCUCUAGAAGCCUUAAGGUGUUAUGGAAAAGUCAUUCUGUAUAUAUGAAAAUGUCAAAAUGUUUAUAGAACUUUUCUUUAAGCUGAUUUCACCGAAUCCUUAGAAACUUCAGCACGUGAUUAUGGAGAAACGAAGGAAAAACGCGAUGCUCGUGAAAUGUAAUA